UAGUCUACGCAGCUCACUUCUAGACUAUCGCCGUGAGAAUGGCCGGACUUAUCAUCGAUACAAGGAUGGAAGUGGGUUUUGAGAUUGACUCAAUCAGUUGGGUUGCUAAAGUUGUGCUAUAGAAUAUCAAUUCCCGAACGAUGAACGGGAGCUUGACAGACUUGGUAUCGAUCUUCAUCUAUGAUCGUUGGUUUGGCAUUUCGCUAAUCAGUGCUCUAGAUUUGGUUAAUCACCUAUGUCUUCUCACGCUGGACGGCGAGCUUGGCAUCGCACCACCCUGUAGAGAAGACGCCAAAGUUGGCCGCGUUCUUGAUGUCGGUACAGGCACGGGCAUCUGGGCGGUUCAGUUUGGCGAUGACCACCCAGAGGCCGAUAUUUUGGGUAUCGACCUUUCCGCCACUCAGCCUAGUUGUGUGCCUCCUAAUGUGAGGUUCGAGGUCGAUGACAUCGAAGACGAGUGGACAUUUUCACAACCCUUUCAAUAUAUCCACAGCCGCUUCAUGACGUCUAGCAUCAGAGACUGGAGACUUUUCUUACAAAGAUGCUACGAUAAUCUUGAGCCUGGUGGCUAUGUUGAGCUUCAGGAAACCGCUAUUUUUGCUCAAUCUGACGAUGGAACCUUGAAGCCAGAACAUGCUUUGUCCAAUUGGUCCAAGUAUCUUAUGGAAGCUUCGAUCAAGCUUGGAGCAGCGUGGGUUGAUACGCCCGAGCUAAGGGAGAUUAUGGUCGAGGUCGGUUUUGAAGAUGUCGCACUGAGCACUUACAAGUGGCCGACAAACACGUGGCCGAAAGACGAGCACUUCAAAGAGCUGGGCUCAUGGAAUAACGAAAAUUUCAUGACGGGAAUAGAGGCAAUUACGAUGGCACCCCUCACCCGUGCUUUGGACUGGAGCCCCGAAGAGGUCAGACUCUUUCUCAUCGAAGUCCGCAAGAACGGAAACGACCGAAAUAUCCACGCUUAUUGGCCUCAGUAAGUUCUCCCGCUGUAGAACCGUCUGGUUUAUUCUUACUUGCAUAGGCAUGUUCUCGUUGGGCGAAGACCCAUCCCAGAAAAGGAAGGAGCUGCACUAUCUCCGACAACAGCUGUGGGUGCGUCUCCGGGUACAGCCUAGAGUGGCAAGAGGCUGGCUACGUCAAAGCAUAUUUUACCUGCCAUACCUUCCCACAACCUCCUUGACAGCACCUUUUAUGGUAAAUGGCAUCCAAUGAAACCAAAUAAAUAAAUUGUUAUGACUUCGACAUUGAAGAUU